UCAUAUUAGCACGUGAAGAACACGCGAAGCGAAACCCCACCCCCUUCUCCGUCUCCGGCGAGCUAGGGUUUCUCCGCCUUGCUCGACGCAAACCCCGCUCCCGCGCGCGCGCCCGCUCGCCGAGCCCUCUCUCUCUCCGGAUCUACAGCCAUGUACGGCGGCGACGAGGUCUCGGCCAUCGUUAUCGACGUGGGCUCGUACAGCUGCAAGGCGGGCUACGCGGGCGACGACACCCCCAAAUCCGUCUUCCCCUCGGUUGUCGGUUCAAUUGAACAAACGGGAGAUACUGAUGAAGCUAAGCCAGACAAGGGGGCUGACUCUGCAUCAGAUCCUAAGAAUGGAUCCAAACCUAUGGAUGUGGACAAAGCCAAGACAAAGCGCAAAUUUUAUGUAGGUCAAGAAUUAGAAUUCAGGAGGGAUCAUAUGGAGGUGAUCUCGCCGAUGAAGGAUGGAACAAUUACUGAUUGGGAUGUUGUUGACAAUAUAUGGAAUCAUGCUUUUAGACAGCGACUGUUGAUCAACCCGGAAGAGCAUCCUAUGCUGAUAGCAGAACCAUCUACAAACAGUGGACAGCAAAGAGAGAAAGCAGCAGAACUUAUGUUUGAGAAGUACAAAGCGCCGGCGCUGUUUCUAGCGAAAAAUGCAGUUCUCACAUCUUUUGCAUCUGGACGUGCUACAUCACUGGUGGUUGACAGUGGUGGUGGGUCCACUGUGGUUUCUGCCGUGCAUGAUGGUUAUGUUUUGCAAAAGUCCGUGGCAACUUCUCCAAUUGGUGGUGAAUUUCUUACUGACUGUAUGAUGAAAAGCUUGGAGAGCAAGGGUGUUACUAUUAGGCCCCGGUAUUCAUUUAAAAAGAAGGAAGUGAGCCCUGGCGAUUAUAAGGCACUGAAUCAGGUUGUAGAUCUUGAUUUUCCAAACACUACCGAUAGUUACAGGUUGUACUGCAUGAGAGCUAUUGCUAGUGACAUCAAGGAGUCAGUUUGCAGAGUCCCAGAUACUCCUUAUGAUGAAGUGGCAUAUGCAAAUGUUCCCACAACUUCGUAUGAGCUUCCAGAUGGACAAACUAUUGAAGUUGGUGCAGAUAGAUUCAAGAUUCCUGACAUUCUGUUCAACCCAUAUCUGUCUCAGACUAUUCCUGGGAUUGAUGGAUUUGGAGAUUCCACGCCGAUUCGUGGGCUUCCAAGAAUGGUCCUUGACAGUGUAAAUAGGUGUGAUGUCGACAUUCGCAAGGAACUACUAAGCAGCAUCUUGCUUUCUGGUGGCUCAUCAUCAAUUAUACAGUUAAAGGAGCGCCUAGAGAAAGAAGUACUAGAGGAGUCUCCUCAAAGUGCUCGUGUAAAGGUUUUGGCAAGUGGAAAUUCAAUAGAGAGGCGAUUCAGUGUUUGGAUUGGAGGGAGCAUUCUUGCAUCUCUUGGGUCAUUCCAGCAGAUGUGGUUCUCCAAGGCAGAGUAUGAAGAGCACGGAGUCUCCUAUAUCCAAAGGAAGUGCCCAUGAAAUAGUGCAACAUGUACAAGAAUAAUAUGAAGAGCACGGAGUACCGGAGUACCGAAAAGAUGCAGUGUGGGCAACAGUUAGAUGGGACGCAGUCACCUUUGUUAUGUGGGCGUAUGGCCAAGUGAUAAUUUAUUGUUGUUAUGACAUGUUAGUUUUUAGGUUCUGCGAGUGCAACCUGAGAACAAAUUCAGCUAAUGCUUGCCAUUAGUGGUAGAUACUAGUGAAUCUUUUUCUGCCGUGUUGUAGAAUGUAACCAGUUACCAUUUAGUCUCCAGUGUAUCCUUGACCGAAGUAUUUUUCUUUUUCCAUUUACAUCAGCUGGUUGUUGCAACUUGCAAGUUGUGACUGAUC